AAGUAUUUCCACAAGAGCGCAUCGGUCACACUGGGCGGCAGAGGAAAUGCUUGAAAAAACUGCCUCCAUACAAUAUACUCUUGCCGCCAGCGCCAACGCUACUGACCAGAACACAGCACCGCCAGGUACCAAGCAGCAGCAGCUGCAUCCGCAUCUGACCGCGAAUUAGAUAAUACAGCCGGUAGCAACGGGGACACGCGACAGAACCCAACGGAAGCUGCGCCACUGCCAUAGUUCCGGGAUUGAAGGGCGGCGCAGCAGGAGCGCGGAGUCGCAUUUGGCUCUGAAAACACCAGGAGACUAGCUCGAAUAGAACCGACGAAACACCGCGAGGUACUCGGCAGACGAACAUCGCAGAUUGCUAGAGGAGACACCCAUCAAACUGCAGCGCCGAUGCCAAGGAACCGUUGCCAGCUGACUACGUUGGACACUGCGAACAAGCGCCGGAGCGCUGGGGAAUGGCCGAGCGCGUCAUCUACCACGAGCUGGCCGCCGUGCAUCAUCACCACCAUCAUCCCCACCCCCACCAACACCAUCAGCCGCAAUCGCCGCAUUCGCAGCCGCUUUUCCAUCAUCCCCAGCUGCAGCAGCGUCGUCCAAAGCCGGGAAUGGCGGCCAUGCCGGCAAUGGCCAGUCCGGGCCAUGCCUACGCCAAUGCCAAUGGUGCGGCGUCCUGGCGAGGAGUGCGCCAGCAGCAAUACUAUGGGAAUGCUAUUAGCACGGGACCCGGACCUGGCCCCGCUGCUGCCUCUGCAAUGAAACAGCUACAAGCCAAACAGUUGGCCAACUUGGAACAACAACAGCAGCUGCAGCAGCCGGUGGCUGGCGAAGUAACUGCAGUGGCGGUAGACGCCCUGCCCACCACGCCCAGAUCGACUCAGAUAAAGCCACCGCGCAACAAGAGCGAAGAGGCCAUUGCCGAUCUUCUCGUGCGCAUUCCGGACGUGGGACAGCUAUUCGAUGUGCACAGUCGCAUUGGGAAUGGAACCUUUAGCACCGUGCUCUUGGCAACAAUGCGACGGGAGGCGAAUCUGCCGGAGAGCCUGCGGCGAAAGUUUGCCAUCAAGCACCACAUACCCACCAGUCAUCCGGAUCGGAUAAUGAAGGAGCUGCAGUGCAUGACCAAAAUGGGGGGCACCGAGAACGUCGUGGGCAUUCAUUGCUGCCUGCGCUGUGACGCCUCCGCCGCCUUCGUGAUGCCCUACAUGCCGCACGAUCGCUUCCACGACUUCUACACGCGGAUGGAUGUGCCCGAGAUCCGGUUGUAUAUGCGAAAUCUGCUGGUUGCCCUGCGGCAUGUCCACAAGUUCGAUGUGAUCCAUCGCGACGUGAAGCCCAGCAACUUUCUGUACAAUCGGCGACGUCGUGAAUUCCUUCUCGUCGAUUUUGGCCUGGCCCAGCAUGUGAAUCCGCCGGUUAUGGGAGCCACCGCUGCUGCAGGAGGUAGUGCCGCCGCAGCCGGCAACAACAACAACAACAGCAAGCGGCCAAGGGAACGGGAAACGGAUGCAGUGCAGGCAAGUGUCCCAGCAGACGCCGGAUUGGGUGGCGCUGUAAAGCGAAUGCGGCUACAUGAGGACGGCAUCAAGAUGCCAUUGAAGCCGGUCAAUGAGAUCGCCCAGGGCGAGACGCAGCUCGCCGAUGGAUCGAAUCCCGGCCAGCAGGCGGCCACAAUGCAGCAGCAGCAACAGCAGCAGACGCCGCAACAGGAUCAGCCUGUCGCUUCAACACCGGCAUCCGGCAGCAAGUACAAUACGAAUAGGAGCGCCUCAGGAGUAACUGCAAAUAGCUCCAAGUGCUUCUGCUUUGCUAAUCCAUCGGUGUGCCUCAACUGUCUGAUGAAGAAGGAGGUGCACGCCUCCCGGGCUGGGACACCGGGCUAUCGUCCGCCGGAGGUGCUGCUCAAGUAUCCGGACCAGACCACAGCCGUAGAUGUAUGGGCUGCUGGCGUUAUCUUUCUCUCCAUCAUGUCCUCGGUGUAUCCGUUCUUCAAGGCACCCAACGAUUUCAUCGCUCUGGCCGAGAUCGUUACCAUAUUCGGUGACCAGGCCAUUCGAAAGACGGCCUUGGCCCUCGACCGCAUGAUUACGCUCAGCCAGCGAUCGAGACCUUUAAAUCUACGAAAGCUGUGCCUGCGCUUUCGCCAUCGUACCGUUUUCAGUGACGCCAAGCUGCUCAAGAGCCACGAGUCCGCCGACGGACGGUGCGAAGUGUGCCGCAACUGUGACCAGUACUUCUUCAACUGCCUGUGCGACGACAGCGAGUAUAUGACGGAGCCGCUGGACGCAUACGAGUGCUUUCCGGCCAGCGCCUACGACCUGUUGCACCGCCUGCUGGAGGUUAAUCCGCACAAGCGGAUCACUGCCGCCGAGGCACUGCAGCAUCCGUUCUUUACGGAGGCCGCAGAGCCAACGGAGACGGUAGAACAGCCGCCGGUGAAUGGAACAAUGCGAAAGGUGCGACGCCAGCGUCAUCACAAGCAGACGGUCAUAUCGGAGCCGCAGCUAAAGCAGCAGCAGCAGCAGGCAGAUUUGGAGCUCCAGCAAAUCAACAAAUUAAUGAACUAGUCCUCAUACCCCAGUCUCGUCAUUUGUAUAUAGAUAAGGCACAUAUCACGAUUGUACAUAUACACACAAACACACACCCAUCAUCCGAGCACGUCUCAUUCAUCCAGCGCCCGGAAUCCAGUCCAGUGUACCGUGCCCAGUGCCCAGUGCCCAGCUCGGCCGCAUCUAUUUACCUCAAGCUGCUUAGGGUCCCGCAACAACACACAAUUAGAUUUGUAGGAAUGUUUCUUUUUUUACAUAUAUAUAUAUCAUGAACAAUAGGAAAGGAAUACC